CUCAUAGUUGGGUUGGUCAGACUCCUCCCUUCGGUAUAUAUAUUGACCACGCCAGCAUAAAGUCUAACAGCGCUUCGAGCGACCCCCUUUGUGGGGAAGAGAUAUGCAGACGCGAAAAGCAAAAUGGACCGCAAACAGCAUGAUCGCUGGUGCUGGAGGUGGUCUGGUUGCCAGCAUCGCGACCUGUCCGCUCGACGUCAUCAAGACCAAGUUACAAGCGCAACGUACAGUCCAAGGGCAGCAGGGUUAUCAAGGGGUCCUCGACAUCGUGAAAACAACCCUCAAACAUGAUGGAAUACGCGGCAUGUAUCGUGGUCUUGGCCCCACAAUCUUGGGGUAUCUUCCAACAAUGGCUAUCUACUUUGCGAUAUAUGACGGGAUUAAGACGCGCUUCGGAGAACCUCCGCUGGGCCAAGUGCCGAAACAUGACCGAGUAUACCCUGCUGCACAAACUAAGGGCUACCAGCCCGUGAUGCGCGACCACCCGUGGACCCUCCACAUCCUUUCCGCCAUGAUCGCCGGUGCUGCGAGCACAACCUGUACCAAUCCACUAUGGGUCAUCAAAACACGUUUCAUGACACAAUCAAGACGAGAAGUUAGAUACCGACAUACCUUCGAUGCAGCUUUCGCAAUAUACCGCACGGAGGGCAUCCGCGCGUUCUACCGUGGGCUCCUACCCAGCCUUUUAGGAAUAUUUCAUGUAGCCGUCCAGUUUCCCCUAUAUGAAAAGCUCAAGAUAUGGGCCCAGGGUGACUCCGAUGAGCCGCUACGGAGCGACACAAUAUUGCUAUGUUCUGGCAUAGCGAAGAUGGCUGCAUCCAUUGCAACGUAUCCACACGAGGUUGUACGCACACGGCUGCAGACGCUCCGAUUACCAAUAGCUGAGGAUGCAUCUUCGGACGGCAUGGUGAAAACACAUGCACGCCGCGGAAUCAUUUACAUAACACGCAAGAUUAUUCAGAAAGAGGGCUGGACGGGUCUUUACAAAGGUCUUUCAGUCACCCUGUUCCGAACGGUGCCAAAUAGUGCCGUUACACUUUUAACAUAUGAACUGCUCAUGCGUCACCUUACGGUUCAACAAUGAGAUAUAAUUGCACCUAUUGCGCAAUUGUAUAUCGGCAUUCAUCUGCCUCAACCUAAGAGGAAACCGCUUUUUUGAAUACGAUGAGUUCAAGACUGCAUUUAGAAAGACCUUUUCAUGUAUAGAUUUAUAACUCAGUGUAUAAUAUCAAUAUCAUCGUGAGCGCAUUCCUUUUACCUCGGGUAUCAUUCGCCUUCCUUUGCUCCGUUCCUUCUGUUGCAGUAAUAUCUGUGCUAUAAUCGACGUUGUAAUUGGCCGGGGCCACAUAGCUUUGC